AUGGCUGCUAUCGGCGAUGGUAGGACUACAGCGGAUCUAGAUGAGACUACAUUGAAUCUGUCCGGGGGUCCGCGCCCAAGGCGACAUGAUGAUGAUGAUGAAGGGUCCGACAACUUCGGGGAUGACGAUGGCGAUAGUGUCACCAGUGCUGCUGUGACUGGACAUAGGAAGAAUGAGGGCCACGCUGAGGAGGAAAAAGAGCUCCCCCCACAUGCAUGCGCGUAUUGUGGCAUUCAUAAUCCAAGCAGUGUUGUCAAAUGCCUUGCUUGUAGCAAAUGGUUCUGCAGCGCUCGCGGCAACACAUCCUCUUCGCACAUUGUCAAUCAUCUUGUCCGAGCUCGGCACAAGGAAGUCCAGUUACAUCCCGGCUCGUCGUUAGGAGACACUAUCCUAGAGUGUUACAACUGUGGAACAAAGAAUGUGUUCUUGCUUGGGUUUAUCCCGGCGAAGUCUGAUACUGUUGUGGUUUUACUUUGCCGACAACCCUGUGCUGCGAUGCCGUCGUCUAAAGAUAUGAACUGGGACACAUCGCGCUGGCAGCCACUGAUUGAAGAUCGCUCGUUUCUCCCAUGGCUUGUCGCUGCUCCAUCGGACCAAGAACAGCUCAGAGCACGUCACCUUAGCCCGCAAUUGAUCGCGAAAUUGGAGGAGAUGUGGAAAGAGAACUCGCAGGCUACGUUUGCGGACCUCGAGAAAGCUACGGCAGUUGACGACGAGCCCGCCCCGGUGCUCUUGCGCUAUGAUGACGCCUUCCAGUAUCAGAAUAUCUUUGGCCCGUUAGUCAAGAUUGAAGCCGACUACGACCGCAAGCUGAAGGAAUCCCAAUCUCAAGAUGGUCUUAUCGUCCGCUGGGAUUUGGGGUUGAACAACAAACACCUUGCCAGCUUUAUUCUGCCAAAGCUUGAACUUGGGGACGUGAAGUUGGCUGUUGGAGAUGAAAUGCGCUUAAAAUACAGCGGCGAAUUGCGACCCAAGUGGGAAGGAGUAGGCUAUGUCAUCAAGAUUCCAAACAAUCAAUCCGACGAGGUGACUAUCGAGUUGCGCGCAAAAGGCGACCACAAGUCUGUCCCCACAGAGUGUACCCACAACUUCACUGCGGAUUAUGUAUGGAAAUCCACCUCGUUCGAUCGUAUGCAGCUCGCUAUGAAGACCUUUGCGGUCGAUGAGAUGAGCGUCUCGGGCUACAUCUUCCAUCGCCUUCUAGGUCACGAAGUCGCUGCUGCGCCGAUGAAGACUCAAUUACCAAAGAAGUUUAGUGUUCCUGGCCUUCCGGAGCUCAAUGGGAGCCAGAUCAAUGCGGUCAAGAGUGUGCUACAGCGGCCAAUGAGUCUGAUUCAAGGUCCUCCGGGUACCGGAAAGACUGUUACCUCUGCUACUAUCAUCUAUCAUCUUGCCAAGAUCAAUGGAGGCCAAGUCUUGGUCUGUGCCCCUUCGAACGUUGCGGUCGACCAACUGUGCGAGCGAAUUCACCGGACUGGUCUCAAGACUGUGCGUGUAACUGCGAAAUCUCGUGAAGAUGUUGAGUCUCCAGUGGGAUUCCUCUCCUUACAUGAGCAAGUCCGCUUGAAUGACAGCAACAUCGAACUCAUCAAGCUGAACCAACUCAAGGCCGAAUUGGGGGAGUUGUCGAGUCAAGACGAGAAGCGGCUGAAACAACUCACUCGUUCAGCUGAGCGCGAAAUCUUGAACAAUGCCGACGUUAUCUGCUGCACUUGCGUUGGUGCUGGCGACCCCCGGCUUUCCAAACUCAAAUUCCGCACUGUCUUGAUCGAUGAAUCGACGCAGUCUGCAGAGCCCGAGUGUAUGAUCCCCUUGGUUCUCGGCUGCAAGCAAGUUGUUCUCGUUGGUGAUCACCAGCAACUUGGACCAGUCAUCAUGAACAAGAAAGCUGCCAAAGCUGGUCUCAACCAGUCUCUCUUUGAACGGCUUGUUAUUCUUGGAUGUUCUCCGAUUCGGCUGAACGUUCAGUACCGGAUGCACCCAUGUUUGUCGCAGUUCCCGUCGAACAUGUUCUAUGAAGGAUCAUUGCAGAACGGUGUUUCCGCCAUUGAUCGUCUUCGUCGCGACGUUGACUUCCCCUGGCCCGUUGUUGACAGUCCUAUGAUGUUUUGGUCCAACCUUGGCAACGAAGAAAUUUCCGCCUCGGGAACAUCGUAUCUCAAUCGGACGGAAGCCACAAACGUGGAGAAGAUUGUGACCCGCUUUUUCAAGGCAGGGGUGCACCCACAGGAUAUUGGUAUCAUCACGCCUUAUGAGGGUCAGCGUAGCUACAUUGUCAGUUCUAUGCAGGCCAAUGGCACCUUCAAGAAAGAGCACUACAAGGAGAUUGAGGUAGCGUCGGUUGAUGCUUUCCAGGGUCGGGAGAAGGACUUUAUCAUUCUCUCUUGUGUGCGUUCCAAUGACCAUCAAGGCAUCGGUUUCUUGAGCGACCCACGUCGUUUGAACGUUGCACUUACCCGAGCAAAGUAUGGUCUCGUGAUUCUCGGAAACCCCAAGGUCUUGUCCAAGCACCCUCUCUGGAACUGCCUCUUACAACACUUCAAAGAGCAACACUGUCUCGUUGAAGGGCCACUUUCCAACCUCCAAGAGUCUCUCAUUCAGUUCAGUCGUCCUAAGCAGGCAUACCGAGGGCCCCAACGAUUCCAGAUGGCUUACAACCAUGCAUCAAAUGUCACCAGUGGUAUGAUGAAUGGUAGGAACGGACACCGGAACGAGUUUCACGACUCAGGCUCCGUUGUUGGGUAUAUUCCUGACGAUGUUUCUUCUGUGCACUCUUCCGCCUUGGGUGGCGUGAGUGUUCCUUCAGGUUAUCCGCCUAUGUUCCAGAACUUUACUGAUUCCUGGCCUGCCCUUUCUGGAGCGCGACGAGCGAAUGGCGCCAGGGGUAAGGGAGCUCCCAGUGUUGCCGGGGAGUCCGUGGCAGCUACUGAGUCCGAUGUCACAAGCAGCGUCAUUGAUGGGAGAAGUGUUGAUCAAGGCGGUGUUAGCCUUGCUGGAUUGAGCAUCCACGAUAUGAGCAGACAGCCGAGUCUCAGUCAGUCCGAUCGUUUGAAGCGUUACGUGGAGUCAGGGGGGCGUGAGCCAUAUAGGGCUGGUGUGCCCGACAACAGUAGUAUUUUCGGCGGUAGCUCUGCUAGUAUCCGUGUGACUCGCGGUGUCCCUGGACUUAUCCACGAUGAUGACGAUACACGCAGCGUGUCUACUGCCUUCGCAAGCCAGGUCGGAGGCAACUACGACUGA